GCAAAGCCCGCGAGCCCGGCGACGUCAGAUGUGAUCCGUAGAAGAAGAAAACGGUACGUCGGCAAAAUACUUCCUUCUUCGUUUCCAAAACACAAAGCAGUGUCAGAGUUAAAGGUUGGCACUGAGGAGAAGGAUGGAUGCCCUCACCCACAUGCUAACAGACCCUCUUGAUCCAAAAGAAGAAACCGAUGGACAAAUCACAGAGGAAUGCAUGCUGGGGAACUGUAGAGUCAACCUCCCAGAGGACCUACUUGAGGACCCUGAAAUUUUCUUCUCUGUGAUGAGUGAAAGCACCUGGAAUGAAGUACUGUCAGAUUCACAGAAGCAACACCUCCGUCAGUUUUUACCACAGUUCCCUGACAGCAAUGUGGAGGAGCAGGACAGCACCAUCAGUGACCUAUUCAACAACAUAGAUUUUAACUUUGGAAAUCCUCUUCAUCUUGCACAAAAGCUUUUCAGAGAUGGUUACUUUAAUCCAGAGGUGGUCAAGUACAGACAGUUGUGCGCCAAGUCCCAGAAAAAGCGACAGUUGUACUCCGUCCAGCAGUAUUACCACAGACUGUUGAAGCAGAUCCUUGUCUCCAGAAAGGAGCUGCUGGAGUUUGCGGUUCACAAUGGUAUGGACUUUCCUCCGAAAAGAAAGUUACCAUCCAAGACUCACGCUGAAAUGCGGGAGCCAAGGGUGAGAAGAAGGUUGAGUCGCAUCUUAAAGGAGGUCAAAACUGAGUGUGGAGACAGCAAUGCUUCAUCUGAUGAUGAUGACAUGUCAUUAUGGACUCCGGCACCACAAUCACCUUCCUCUCCGACACCCACUGUCUCGCUCAGAGUUCUUCCCAGCCUCUCCACCCAAGACAUGAAGACUACUGAAAAAAUAGAACUAGGGGAGCGGGACUUGAAAGCCAUGCUGCAAAGCCAUCGGGAGAAGAGGAAGCGUCAGCCAGAUCAUCCAGACUUGAUGACCUCUGAUAUCCACCUUGGAGACAUACUCUCAAGAACCAACAUUGGUCGGAAGGGGACUCUGCCACUAUUUGAUCUGUCUCUGCCUAAGAAGAAGAUGAAAGAUGAGAGAAGGAAGAAGAAAAUGAGAACAAUAAAAGUGGAAUCUGAGGAUCCCUGUGAAACUCUUCCACCUUCAGACACACCAUCAGCUCCACCAGCGAACAUCAUCAACUCUCUGCCGGACACACCGUCUACUCCACUGCCCAACAUCAAGGAGGAAAUUGUGGAGGAGUCUCAGAGCAGCCCGGUUGCAGUUGAGGAAAUAGCCGUCAGUUUCUUCAACUUGAUGGAGACCAUCUUAAGGGCAGAAAACCUUUCCAGCACUUUAAUUUUGGAGGAGAAAGUUCAGAUGUGGCAGUCAUCUCCAGCCAGCUCACUCAAUGUGUGGUUUUCAUCUGUUCCGUGUUGGUCUGACUUGGUGCUUCAAGCCCUGCAGUUUCUUGCAGGAGAGACUAAAGAUGGCAUGAUGGCGCUCCCCAGUGGCUUUUCUCCAUUUGUGGAGUUUUCUGAUGAAUCCCAGCACUGGAGGUGGAUUGGCCCCACUCAGGAUACAGAGAAGGAUCUCAGUGCACUCUGUCAGCUGUGGCUGGACUCCAAAGAUUUAGUUGUCAAGACCGAAAAUGAAGACAUGUUAGAGAUUACUUCUCCCACGCCAAGAGUUUCAACUGAUUAUGUGGUGCGGCCGAGCACAGGAGAUGAGAGACAAGUGUUUCAAAUCCAGGAGCAGCAGCGAUACAAUCAGCCCCAUAAAGCCUUCACCUUCAGGAUGCACGGCUUUGAAUCUGUUGUGGGGCCCGUUAAAGGGGUGUUUGAUAAGGAGAUGUCUCUCAACAAAGCCAGGGAGCACACACUGCUCCGCUCAGACCGACCACCAUACGUCACCAUUCUCUCUCUGGUGCGGGACGCAGCAGCCAGGUUACCCAAUGGAGAAGGAACAAGGGCAGAGAUCUGUGAACUGUUGAAAGACUCACAGUUUCUUGCUCCAGAUGUCACUAGUGCACAGGUGAACACGGUUGUCAGUGGGGCUCUGGAUAGACUUCAUUAUGAGAAAGACCCCUGUGUGAAGUAUGACAUCGGCCGCAAACUCUGGAUUUACCUGCACCGCAGUCGCAGUCAAGAGGAGUUUGAGAGGAUCCACCAGGCUCAAGCUGCUGCUGCAAAAGCAAGAAAAGCACUUCAGCAGAAACCUAAACCUGCAUCCAAGCCUAAGUCUGGAAGUAAAGACGGAGGCAGUAAAACCCCUGGAUGUCUGGAGACAGGACUAGAUAUAGGCUCCAAUCCCAUGUCCCCAACCCCUACGACACCCACUAUUAAUACACCUGGAACUCCUAAGUCACCCUUACCCUGCACAGCCACCACGCCAACGAAGACUGGAGUCCCGGAUACAAUCAAAACCAGCCCAGGGGUACUUCUUGUGUCCCCUCCCUCAUUGCCCCAGCUGGGAGCCAUCUUACCCAGCAGUCAGGCUGGUCCACCAGCUUCGCAGCCAGUCACAUCCCAACACACGGCUCGGAUAGUGAGUCACCUGGCGGCAAGCUCCCUCCCUCAGGUGCGGGUUGUUUCUGCUCAGACUGGUCUGUGUUCUUCAGUCGGAAGUCAGCAGGCCACACUGAUGCAUCAGACGCCUCACCAGAUUAGGAUGCCGGUGUCUGUGGCAACCAAGGGCAUUUCACAGGCAGUGGUUUCUGUGCCUCUGAGGAGUCAGUCUGCUAGUAGUCCAGUUCAGGUGCCAACCACCCUGUCUGUGUCCGCUGUAGCCAAACCUCAAACUGGAUCACCUGGUAGCCCAGCUAACAACCCUGCUUCCCCUGCUGUGCUGCAAGGAGUUGGCAGCCCUAAUAUCAAACAGGUGUCCAUCACAGGCCAGUUGGGAAUGAAGACAGGAGGAGCAGGAAUUCCAAUAACUGCUACAAACCUGCGCAUCCAGGGUAAAGAUGUCCUACGUCUUCCUCCAUCCUCCAUCACCACAGACGCUAAAGGCCAGACGGUGCUGCGGAUCACCCCGGACAUGAUGGCAACUCUUGCCAAAUCCCCAGUUGCAACUGUCAAACUCACCCCUGACUUCCUGAGCGGUGCUGCCACAGGCAGCAAGAGCAUAUCAGCCACUCUCCACGUGACGCCACAGCACCCUUCACCUUCUUCUGUCUCCAGUGCUUCAUCAGGGGAAGUACAGACCACUAAAGCAGGCUCUGUUACCUCCACCUUGUUGAAGGCUGCAGGAGACACAGCCAUACGUCUGAUGCCCACACUGGCUGUCACUGUGGGUGACCAGAAAUCUAGGACCUUCUCCACCGUGACCUCCCCCGACAAGAGUGGCGCCACUAUUCGGAUAAUGCCAGGCCUUGGUGUUAUUCCACAGAAACAGGGUCAGACUAUCACAGUGACGACCACCACCGGCAGCAAACCACUCACAGCGUCUACUUGUGCUAAUGUAGGGACGAUGGCUGCCAGUGUUGUGGCUGGUGCUAAGGGGAUCACAGUGGCUCCUGGAGUCUCAGGCUCAGCUCUAACGCUAGGAACAGCUACUGCCACCGUGCGGCAAGUCCCUGCUACAGUGGUUACUACACAGACGGGGAAGUUACCUGCACGGAUAACUGUGCCCCUCUCUGUCCUCAACCAACCAUUGAAGAGCAAGAGUGUUGUGACCACGCCUAUUGUGAAAGGAAGUCUAAACACAAACCUCAGCAGUCUUGGGAGGAACAUCAUCCUGACCACCAUGCCUGCUGGCACAAAGCUGAUCGCUGGGAACAAACCAGUCAGCUUUGUAACAGCACAGCAGUUCCAGCAGCUUCAGCAGCAAGGACAAGCCACACAGGUUCGCAUCCAGACGGUUCAGGCGCAGCAACUCCAGCAGCACAUGGCCACAGGCUCCCCAAAAUCUGUUUCCACAGUUGUAGUCACAACAGCACCUUCGCCCAAAUGUACACCCGAUCCUCCACCCGCACCUCAACAGUGAUCCUUUCUCGUCAGCCAGCAGUGAAUCGUAGGUCCAGUGCACAAUAUACAUGCCUGUCUUUGAUUGUUGGAGUAUGUUUGUUAUCAAGCUUUUUCAGGAUCAUUUGACAUGUUUUACUCUCGCAAGUGAGGUCAUUGUUAUUACCAUGUGUAUUAUGCCUUCAUUUCUUUUCAAUUUGGAUGAUAUUUACAAAAGCCAGAAAUAUGUGUUCAGAUUUACAUUUCUCUGUCUGUUAAAGGGUUUUGAUUUCUGCUAAGUUACCAGUAUCAAUUAAUUAUUCCUCAACUACAUUUCUCAUGAAUUUUAUUUUCCACAUUGUAAUAAUAAUAAUAAUAAUAAUAAUAAUAAUAAUAAUGUAAAGCAGCUCACCAGGCUGUUGACAACUACAACUAUAUUCAGGCAGGCUGCAGUCUUACCAUAGAAAUGAUGCUUUACUUUUUUUUUCAGUGGUUGACAGACUUUGAAGUCAAUUCAUAUUAAACUACGAUUUAAAAUUUCUCUAUGACCGUAAAUAGGAUGUUCUCUGUGUCACUUCUUUAAAUGUUGGAUGUAAUAUUGUGUUGUGACUUGCUGAUUUUUGUUUUAAUAUAUUAUUUGUUCUCUUA